AUGACUCCAACCGUUUUGUACAAGUGCUUUGCGCCGGACUGUCCCUAUCCCAACGAUGAUCUGUACGACUCGCAGGAUGUGUAUGUUCGGGGACGACACCAGAAGGAAGUCAAAUGCACGGGAAAGGACGGCAACCUAUAUGCCAUUCCGCGCGACCAGUCGACGGGAAUGUUCCACUGCUCCCUUUGUCCAUGGCAGACGUGCCAUUCGAAGGCUUUCCGGACUCAUCUGGCGAGGGCAGAAUGCUGUGUCAUGAAUACACAGCUUGCGACGCGAGCGACGGUCGCUGUGAUCGCCGCACCUCAUCCGCCCCCUCCCUCCCUGCCCGUUCCCUUAUCGGAAGUUUCCCAGUCAUUCCCCACCGAACCCUCCCCGCCUGACCCUUCACCGAGCGGUCGUCUAGGGGCAGUAGUUUCCGGCCUGUUUGGUGGACUAGCCCGUCAUUUUUCUGGAUGGCCGGAUACCAUUCGCGGCAACGAACCUCGGCCUCCGCUACCUUCGGAUCACCAUCUUGAUGCUCCCCGCAAGCGCAAGCGCGUCUCGUCCACAGAGUCAUCUGCCGCCAAUGAAGAUACAGGGGUGCACCGUAAUAUCAAUGCGCAGAUGCGUCUUCGUCAGAGGGUCAAACGGGACGUCGCCUGCAGCUCCGAUGAGGUGUUGGACCCACGCGUUCCCCCUCUUCAUAACUCCUUGUCUCAUGGGGACGUUGAAGAGGAUGACAUUGAGUAUGUCAAUCCGGACCCUGAGCCAGACGUUGCGGCCCCGAAAGACAUUACCGCGGCUGCCCCUCCUGAUCCUUCCACUGCACCUCAAGGCAACUUCCCAGACGGCAGUUCGGAUUACGAUUCGAGCUACCGCCCCUCCUCCCGUGGUGGAUCUUCUGUCAGCGAGAGUGGAUCGGAAGAUGAAGACGAAGAUUGCGAGGACAUUCUCGUCGGCUCGGAUGAGGAACGCGAGCCCGUUCUUCGAUCGCCGGACAUUCCCGGGCAUCUCAGCACGGAAGAACGGAAGCUUGAGAUCCGUCGCUUGCAGGCCACAGUCCAUCCGGGCCUGCAUCACCUGCAGCUGGACAAUGAUGAAGACAGAAGCCUCCUCAAACGAGCAUUUUGUGUAGUGGAUAUGCAGUACCAUGUACUUAUUUGCAUGCGUGAACGGUGUGGAUACGCGUGGGACCCUGCCCACUUGCACGGGCACUUUAAUAACAGCCAUUAUCAACACCUCUCUUACGACGAAAUUGAACGCAUCCACGCCAUUUGUACUCUCCAUGAUCUUCGCGGUGCUCGCGAGAUGAAGAAGGUCGUGCCGCGCAACCGCAAGAUUCACUAUGGCCUCAAGAUCCACCCAUCCAUCGUUUUCUGCUCGUCUUGCAAUCACGCUUCCGUCUCCAAAAGUUCUCUGGCGCGCACGCACAAGUGCCGCGCGCUCUCCGACUCCUCCGCCGUCCCCUCUUCUCAGCGCACUUAUCGGGCGAAGGCUCAGACGUUUUUCAGCGGCAGUCGGAUGCGGCGGUACUUCCCUGUCGAGUAUUGCGCAAUGGAGCCGAUCAUCAACGAUGCUGCAGCCAAGGAGGCCUGUAAUCUGGUCAACUCGCGGCUCAUUGAACCCGACUUCGAGCAAGUCCCCAUCAAAUCCCCAGAGAACCUUCGGCAGCUCUCAAUGUUUGAGCUGCGAGAAGGAUGGCUACGCUACGUGAAGGGCAAGAGCGGCACCGAAAUUCAAGAGAUCCUUGACGAAUUGAAUGAUCCGGACAUCGUCGAUCUACUUUUGCUUUAUUCUGAACGGUAUAUUGACGUCGCCUUGUACGCCUUGGAGGAUGAAACCUACAUGAUCCAGUCGAAGCUUGUUAAUAUCGGAUUGAAAGACGAGUACAAGGGUUCGAUCCGCCGCACCCAGACCUGGCCUGAUUAUGUCCGCAAAUUCAUCCCUGCCCUGCGUCUUGCCAUCCACGCCGCUCGAGACGCCCUUCCUGAGAACGUCACUAUGCCUCUCACGGACGACCAGCGGACUUCUUCUCUCGAGUUGUUCAAUCAGCUCGAGAACGCGUACGCAAACAACGUGCUGCCUGUCAGCAUGGAGCAGCUGGAGGAGGAUCGCAUGAAGACGCCUAACAUGGAACGUUUUGGCGCCGAUCGUCCCGUCAUCGAGCCUCUUCACCGUCUCCUCUGGUCUCUCGUGUCUCACAAAAAGGUCAGCUGUAAUCCCAGUAAAUUCUACACGCUCCUGUACAACUUUCUCGUGCUCAGCUCGUACGACGCGAACGGACAGUUGAAGUUUGCCACCAUCAUCGCGCACAUGAUAUCGCCUAUUCUCUAUAUCUGUCGUCUCUCUGCCUUCGUGCAGGGUGUUUUGUACUCGCAAGAGAGGGACGUGCCAUAUCUUGACAUUCGGUUGGACGACGAAGGCAUGCCGUGGAUUCAAUUCGCCGAUAAAAACUACAGGACCUGGUCUCAUCACGGGAAGGUCAUCAGCAUGUUGACGAUCGGUGAUGCGAUACUGAAGGCCGCAGAGGAAGCCAUGCGCAUCAUCAAGGAUGAAGUUCUGUGCGGCAUCCCCAUUACUCACAUGGUGUUCGACUUCAAGCGGACCGGCUUGGUAGACUCGCCGCACAAUACAGCCUUGCACUAUUCCUUCGCACUGCACCCGGACAACAAUUUCGAAUCUUACCGCAAGACUCUGCUCAAACUAUGGACCGCGACUCAGCGCACGCGCCAACGUUUUGUGAACAAAAAGGCUCUACCCGGCAAGUCCGUUUGGCAUGUCGCCGAGGUCAAAAAAGUUUACGCGCAUUACAACCGCGUCCAGGAAAUAUUCCUGGCCAUCACCUGGUUUGCUUGCGGUGCCCCUGGGCGUGCAACGGAAUGGCAGGCGCUCAUUGGCAGCAACACUCAGCAGGGACAUAUGCGGAGCCUGUACGUGUUUACCGAUGAGUUCUACUUCGUCACCGGCUACCACAAGAACCUUGGUGCAACCGGCAAGCAGAAGGUCACCACCAAGCUCGUGCCGGAACAACUGCGCAAGCUACUGCUUUGGUCGAAGGUAAUCGUGCAGCCCGCGAUGGAGUAUCUCGUAGAGGAUACUCACGGCCACGACGCGCGGAUGCAGAUGUAUGACGAUGUAUUCCCUCUGGCAGCAGGCACCCGACGACCCGACGUGCUUGGGAGCACCUGGACUGGGCUUAUGCAAAAAUAUCUCGGCGUGGAACUGAACAUUCACGACGCUCGCGCCGUGUCUGCCGCAGUUGAAGCUUUCCAACUGAACCUCGACGCAGACAUGCAGCAACAUGCGCUCCAUUGGUGGCACCGAAUCAUGGCCCAGCAGCGAGGUCAUACACCCGAAACGGAAGAUAGGUUUUACGCCUUGUCGUUUUGGAUGAUGAGGUCGGCGGCACCCGCCUCCGCUGCUGUCAAUCCUCAAGUGGUAGUCUGCGUUCCGACGCUUGAGUCCCAGAAGCAGACGGCGCAAUUUGUGCUCAGUGGUGUGGCUGACGCACUGAACCCGUCGUUCGCGCAUACAGUUUCCUCCAUCCUUUCUGUCAUUCCUCAUGUAUCUGAGUCGCAGCAAACACUUCCGAAGGAGAAGAAGCAAAUCCCGGCGUUGGCACUUAAGGCUCUUCGUGACCUGCUCCGUGACCUGGACAUGUCUUUCUGUUGCUUUGAACGAGGCGAGGCCAUCACCAACGCGCUGGCUGGUCACAAUGUGCUGGCCGUCUUGCCUACCAACGCCGGCAAGAGUUUCGUCCCGCUUGUCAUCGCGCACUACUACAGGCCCUGCGGCAAGUUUAUCGCGGUCGUCGUACCGAUCUCUGCGUUGCUUCAAGAGUGGGCGAAGAAAUGUACACGACUGCAUCUGUCUUACAGUGUGUGGGGUUUCGAUAAUCAGACCCCAGAAGCGUCUGUGAUCCUCGUAUCGCCCGAGCACGCCGCCUCUCGGGAGUUCUACCAAUGGGCACAAGAUCAAGCUGUGCUUACGAAGCUCAUUGUGCUGGCGUUCGAUGAAUGCCACCUUGUCGUCGAACAUGCAUCGUUUCGUGACUGUUUCCAUCAGCUCGCGCGCCUCGGAGCUCUCAGCCUGCACGUUAUAUUGCUCACGGCCACCACCCCGCAGCGUAUCCUCCCGACUUUGCUGUCAGCAUUGGGCAGCCGCCAGCCCCAGACCGUUUGUGCACCAAUCAUUCGACCGGAGAUUAAGUAUCUGUAUCGUCACUUCUCGGACCAAUAUAAAGCUAUCGACUUUAUUGGCGCGGAGUUUGAGGAGCGCCUCAAAAACUAUGGCCCCGAGCAUUGCGCCAUUGUCUUCGCACAUUCCGUGAGCCAGUGCGAAGACAUCUCCACAGUUCUAUCUUGUCAGGUCUACUCGGGCCAGCUGCCUCCACAAGAGCAAAAGGAGGUCUACGACCAAUGGUCUGAAGUUGGUCCACUCGUCACGGCGACUCUCGCCCUCGGGUACGGCAUUAACGUCCCACAUGUCCGCGAUGUGUUCUUCUUUGGCCUCCCCAGCAACUUCCUACUCGCCCAGCAAGAGUCAGGAUGGGCUGGUCGCGAUGGACAACCCGCCCGAGCAUGGUUCAUCGACAUCACCAACCCCAAGUUCUUCCGACACCCUCCGAAGGCACACAACCUCCUAGGUGACACCGACAUCGUUUCCGCUCUUCGCUCUACCAAUUGCUUGCAGCUUCCCUUCAGCCAGUUUUUUGACGGCCAUAAUAUUUCUUGCCUGGAGCUUGCAAAUGUCCAGCUAUGCAUGAACUGCGAGGAGGCUAUCCGCCGCCCUCCUCCUCUUCUAUUUCCCCGUCAGGAUCCGGCCUGGGGCGAGUCAACCAUUCGCCCCUACCUCCCGUUGACCGACGGGCUGCCGUGUCCCAAUGUCAUGGCCUUCCCAGGCGUUGGCGAGUUGGUCGUGGCUCGUGCAAGGCAGAAUGAAGCGACCAUCCCCGCGCAUCCUCCUGCUCCCAGUUACUCUCUCCCUCCUUCUUCGUCUCCCGUGCCUCGUCCCGCAACGCCUCCCGCGCCCGCGCCAUCCGCACUUCCUUCCCCUCCAGCCACGAAGCACGGACAUGAUGGAAUAAUCGAUCUAUGCUCGGAGACAACAUACGGCUUGUCCGACGGCGACAACGACCUCUACAUGGACAUCAACACCAUUGCAUUGGACAAGCAAAUCCAGGGCAAGGGCAUCGGUUGUACUUAUAUCACGCUCAGCACCCCGUCAUCAAUACCUUCCUCCAUGGCCUGUCAAAUAUUCAGCGACCUCCCAGCGCCUCAAAACAAAUCCAAUCCCCCUUCAUCCGCGCUGCCCUCAUCCGUCGCCACAUGUCUUCCUUUGCCACGGCCCAUGGCCUCAACUCCAAGAACGGUGCUUCCUUUGCAAAUUGACGACGUGUUCGGCAGCUCGCUAUCCGGCAGCCCCACCCCGCACCCUCAUGGACGCCGCCAAGGGUUGGUUCAGCUCCCGUCGUCGUCCCCGACGCCGACGCCGUUCGCUAACGUAACUAGACUCACGGGACCUUUCCCCAACUUCACUGUUCCAGCACGCAAACAGGAUGGUCCCUCGUCGUGUGAACCACGUGGCACGACGCAGACGCAACCUCGCGUGUUGACUUCAACCUCUGAGCUCAUCGUCGAGUCCUCGUGCGGGUCUGGCGGCACCCUUUUGCACCGCAAUUCUUACAAAGGAACCUUGGCGCUGACACGCUCUGCCCCGCCCAUCAACCAAAAGAUGCGGCCGCUGCCGCCGAAUGUUCACAAGGUUAUGCCCUAUCAUGCCAGGGGUUAUCGCCACCCGGCUUCAGCGGAAUGUUUGCCAUCGCCACCGCCAUUGUCGGUGCCACAGGGAAAUACUUACAUAGCACCGGUCGUCCUGCUUCCACCCCCCAGCGCUGCGACCUUCGACUGGACACGGCCGCCUCAAACAGAGGUGAAUAUUGCAACAUCCCAGGCACUCGAUUUCCAAACGUCCAUGAUUGCCAAGGCCCUCAAAACAAUCAGGGAACUAGCGGCCAAGACAUGCGUCGUCUGUCGGAUCCAAAAUGUGGAUCACUACGUCAAACAUCCCAUCACGGAUUGUCUAAUGUUCCAGAAAACGGGCCGGGGAACAUACAUCGGAUGGCUCAAGGCUCACACCCAGAAACCCGGUCUUUGCUGGAUGUGCGGGUUCACGACAGUAAGGCCAUUGCCUUGA